ACAUUAAACCCCAACACUGCAACUGGGACUCCGGAGCCUGCUGAAAUGUCAGCUCGCAUCCAAAAUGCUGCUGACAUCUCUGUCAUUGUCAUCUAUUUCAUACUUGUGAUGGCUGUUGGGCUGUGGGCAAUGCUGAAGACCAACCGAGGCACAGUUGGAGGGUUCUUCCUAGCUGGUCAAGAGAUGUCCUGGUUUCCAAUGGGAGCCUCUCUCUUUGCGAGUAACAUCGGAAGUAACCACUUCGUGGGCAUAGCUGGAACAGGAGCAUCUUCAGGAAUUGCUGCUGGAGCAAAUGAAUGGAAUGCGUUGGUGCUGGUGCUCAUUCUAGGAUGGGUCUUUGUCCCUAUCUACAUCAAGGCAGGGGUGAUGACGAUGCCAGAAUAUCUCAGGAAGCGGUUUGGUGGGAAGCGACUCCAAAUCUACCUCUCAGUCCUCUCCCUCAUGCAGCUUAUGAUCCUGCAAAUCUCAUCAGGCUUAUUUUCUGGAGCCAUAUUCAUCCAGUUGGCCUUUGGAUUGAACCUUUACCUGGCAAUCUUCAUCCUCUUGAUUGUCACUGCUGUUUAUACAAUCACUGGGGGCUUGGCCUCAGUGAUUUAUACAGACACCCUCCAGGCUGUCAUCAUGGUGAUUGGCUCUGCUAUUCUCAUGGGGUUUGCAUUUCAUGAAGUUGGAGGCUAUGAGAGCUUUAUUGAGAAGUACAUGAACGCCAUCCCAUCAGUAGUGGAGGGGGACAACCUGACAAUCAGCCCCAGCUGCUACACUCCUCAGGCAGACUCCUUCCACAUUUUCCGAGAUGCUAUCACUGGAGACUUUCCAUGGCCAGGAAUGACCCUUGGAAUGACCAUUUUAGCUCUGUGGUAUUGGUGUGCAGAUCAGGUCAUUGUGCAGCGCUGCCUGUCUGGCAAGAACAUGACUCACGUGAAGGCUGCCUGCAUCAUGUGCGGCUACCUGAAACUCUUGCCCAUGUUCCUUAUGGUGAUGCCUGGGAUGAUCAGCCGUGUUCUCUACACAGAUAAGGUGGCCUGUGUCGUCCCUUCUGAAUGUAUGAAACACUGUGGCUCUGAAACUAGCUGCAGUGACUAUGCCUACCCAACACUGGUGCUGGAACUGAUGCCAAAUGGACUGCGAGGCCUGAUGCUGUCAGUCAUGUUGGCCUCUCUCAUGAGCACCCUGACCUCCAUCUUCAACAGCGCCAGCACCCUCUUCACCAUGAACCUCUACACCAAGUUGAGAAAGAAAGCAUCAGAGAAAGAGCUGCUGAUAGCUGGACGGGUAUUUGUCACUCUACUAUUUGGUGUCAGCAUUCUGUGGGUCCCAUUAAUCCAGAAAUUUCAAAAUGGACAAUUAUUCCAUUACAUGUCAUCAAUUUCCAGCUACUAUGGGGCUCCAAUUGCAGCAGCCUUCUUGCUUGCUGUCUUCUGCAAAAGAGUCAAUGAACCAGGAGUAUUCUGGGGUCUAAUGGUUGGUCUUGUAAUAGGCCUGAUUCGUCUGAUCACAGAGCUUGCAUAUGGAACAGGAAGUUGCCUGGCUCCCAGUAGUUGUCCACAGAUUAUCUGUGGAGUGCACUAUAUGUACUUUGGCCUCAUUCUCUUUUGUGUGACAGCUGUGGUCAUCCUGGGAAUUUCCUUCCUAACAAAACCAAUUCCUGAUGUGCAUCUUUAUCGCCUGUGCUGGGCUCUUCGGAACAGUACAGAAGAACGAAUCGACUUAGAUGAGGAAGACAAAUGGCAAGAAGAAGUUGGUGAUGAUGCUGAAGAUGAUUUGUUCAUCUUUUUUGUUUCAGAUCAGCCAGAAGAAUCCCGUGGAUGUUUCAGGAAGGCUUAUGACAUAUUCUGCGGUUUGCAAAACACAGGACCUAAGCUGACCAAAGAAGAGGAAGAAGCCCUGAAGAAGAAACUCACAGACACGUCUGAGAAGCCUUUUUGGAGGACUGUAAUGAACAUCAAUGCCAUCAUCCUUCUGGCUGUGGGAAUAUUUGCCUAUGCCUACUUUGCCUGA